UGAUGCAAGAUGGCGGCGCACAUAAGCGGCUAAGGCGUGGAGUGGAGAAUGCUGGCGGCGGCCGGGACUCUUCUGGGGCGGCGGCUGAGAUGGCCGGCACCGGCCCGCGAGCACUGGAGAGCGGCCGGGAGCUCACGGAGCCGGCGUGAGGCGGCCGAGGCCGAGGCGGACGCGCCAGUGUUCCAGUAUGUGGGUGAGCGCGCGGUCCGCGCCGAUCGCGUCUUCGUAUGGGGCUUCAGCUUCUCGGGGGCUCUCGGAGUGCCCAGCUUCGUGGUGCCGGCCUCGGGGCCCGAACCCCGCGCUGGGCUGCGGCCCCGACGCAGAAUCCAGCCGGUACCUUACCGCCUGGAGCUGGACCAGAAGAUUUCCUCUGCUGCCUGUGGCUAUGGAUUCACACUGCUGUCCUCCAAAACCAAGGACAUUACGAAAGUUUGGGGCAUGGGACUCAACAAAGAUUCUCAACUUGGAUUCCACAGAAGCCGGAAGGAUAAAACCAGGGGCUAUGAGUACGUUUUGGAGCCCUCGCCUGUCCCGCUGCCCCUCGACAGACCUCAGGAGACAAAGGUGUUGCAGGUGUCCUGCGGCCGAGCACACUCCCUUAUCCUGACAGACCGAGAAGGUGUCUUCAGCAUGGGGAACAAUUCCCACGGGCAGUGCGGACGGAAGGUGGUGGAGGACGAAGUGUACAGUGAGAGUCACAAAGUGCACAGGAUGCAGGACUUUGAUGGACAGGUGGUUCAGGUUGUCUGUGGUCAGGACCACAGCCUGUUCCUCACGAACAAAGGGGAAGUGUAUUCUUGUGGAUGGGGUGCCGAUGGACAGACAGGCCUGGGUCACUACAACAUCACCAGCACACCCACCAAGCUGGCCGGAGACCUUGCUGGGGUGACGGUUGUUCAGGUUGCCACCUACGGUGAUUGCUGCUUGGCUGUGUCCUCAGAUGGAGGUGUCUUUGGCUGGGGAAAUUCUGAGUACCUGCAGCUGGCCUCGGUCACAGACUCCACUCAGGUUAAUGUCCCUCGGUGCCUGCCUUUCUCUGACGUAGGCAAGGUGAAGCAGGUGGCUUGUGGUGGCACGGGCUGUGCUGUAUUGAAUGAAGAAGGACAUAUCUUCGUCUGGGGCUACGGAAUUCUUGGGAAAGGACCAAACCUCUUGGAAACGGCUCUUCCAGAAAUGAUUCCACCUACGCUCUUUGGCUUGACGGAGUUCAACCCCGAUGUCCAGGUUUCCCAGAUCCGAUGUGGCCUUAGCCAUUUUGCUGCACUUACCAAUAAGGGGGAGCUGUUCGUGUGGGGCAAGAAUAUCCGAGGGUGCUUGGGAAUUGGACGCCUUGAAGACCAGUACUUCCCAUGGAGGGUGACAAUGCCCGGUGAGCCUGUGGACGUGGCAUGUGGUGUGGAUCACAUGGUAACUCUGGCCAAGUCAUUCAUCUGAAUCUCUUUCCGGGCCCAUCCCAGGCUGGCCCCAGUGGCUGAACUAUACCGACAGCAACAGCUUGGCAGAGGCAGGGUGUGGCCAACCAGCAGAGCUUCUGAGGAUGCUGGGAGAGGGCCAGGACCUGUGUGGAGCAGGGGGCUUACUCUGUGUCCAGUGGGGACAUAAUAGGAGUCUGUGGACAAGACCUUUCCCUGCUGCUGAGGCUCCUGGCCUGGUGUGCUCCUGAGGAGUACCAGGGCAUAAGGCCCUAGGAUGGCCUGGCUCAUGUCCUUUCCAGGUAACACGUGGUGCCAUCUGGGAAUGCAUUUUGCCAGAGACACUUUUCUUAGGGGAAGUUCGUUAUUCAUGGCACAUUGGAGACAUGACAAAGCAUUCAGGAGAAUCUGUAGUCCUCUGUCACAACAGGACACAUUUGGGCCUCUGGCUGGCCCAACUCAGCAGGAGAGCCAGCUAACUUCAGCAAGGGCCUCUCUGAUCAGCUGCCACCCCACAAGCUCCCCAGGACACAGUCUGGGAGCCCAGAAUGCCUUGGCUUGAGACUCUUUAUGGAGCUGCCGGUGUGAGCCAGCCUACCACCAUGGGUCUACAGUAUCCCAGCUUUGGAGCCGUCUCUCUGCCUUUCUUUGAACAGUCCAGAAGCCCCUGAAGAAAGAAGCUGCAGGCCAAAUGCUUGUGGGCUGAGGGCUGUGGAAUCUUGGCUGGAGGACCAGCCUUGGAGUAGGAAGCAUCAGAAACUGGGGAAAUACUUGUUUUUAAGAAAACUUGCCUUUUCUUUUCAGAACAGUGUUUGAAAAGUUCGAAUAAAGUCUAUUUUCUGCCUUUUUAAAAA